CCUGAGCCCCCCAUUGCAGGGCCCCCGCCCCCUGAUGGAGCCCGACGGGCUGGGCCGGGUCCUGUCCGACCUGCUGCAGCCAGACAACGCCCUGAUCCAGCAGGCCACGGCCCAGCUGCGUGAGGCCUUUAGACACCCCGAGGUGCUGCCCCAACUCUGCCAGCUGCUGGCAGGGGCCCCAGACCCCCAGAUCCGGCAGCUGGCAGCUGUGCUCCUGCGCCGGCGUCUCACCAAGCACUGGCGGAAGCUGAGCCCCGAGGAGCAGGACAGGCUGAAGAACUUGGUUCUGGGAGCCCUGCAGCAGGAGGCAGAGCACCAGGUCUCGGUGGCCCUGGCCCAGCUGGCUGCACUGCUGCUGCGGCACCAGGGGUUGGAGCGCUGGCCCCAGCUCCUGCAGCUCAUCCAGCAGGGGGUGCGCAGCCCCGACCCCCACCACCGCCAGAUCUCGCUGCUGGUGCUGAGCUCGGCGCUGGAGUCGGACCCCGAGGCCUUCGCCCCCCACUACACCGCCCUGCUGCGUCUCUUCCACAGCGCCCUGGGCCAGCGCGGCCAGCCAGGGGCGCUCUACUACGGCCUGCGGGGGCUGGCGGCCAUGGCUGCUGGGCUGGGCUCUGACCACCUGAAUCUCAUGCGCUCCCUGGUCCCGAAGGUUAUCUCGGCCGUCAGGCAGCUGAUUCCUGUUAACGAGGUGCACGCCAGCGAAGCCAUGGAGGUUUUUGAUGAGCUGAUGGAGAGUGAGGUCUCAGUCAUUGUCCAGCAUCUCUCUGACGUUGUCAGCUUCUGCCUGGAGGUGGCGUCGAACCGGGCGCUGGGGGAUGCACUGCGGGUGAAGGCGCUUUCCACCCUCAGCUUCCUCAUCAAACUGCGGGGCAAGGCUGUGCUGAAGCAGCGGCUGCUGCCCCCUGUGCUGGACGCCCUGUUCCCCAUCCUGAGCGCGGAGCCCCCCCCGGGACAGCUGGACGCCGAGGACCAGGAGAACGAGGACGAGGGGGAUGAGGCACAGACCCCCAAACAUGUGGCUGCCCAGGUGAUCGACAUGCUGGCCCUGCACCUGCCCCCCGAGAAACUCUUCCCCCAGCUGAUGCCGCAGCUGGAGCCGGCCCUGCGGAGCCCCCAGCCCUACGAGCGCAAGGCCGGGCUCAUGGUGGUGGCAGUGCUGGCCGAGGGCUGUGGGGAUCACAUCCGCACCAGGCACCUACAGGCCUUGCUGGGGGUGAUUUGCCGGUCGCUGGCUGAUGAGAACCUGGUGGUGCGGAGUGCAGCCCUCUUCGCCCUGGGGCAGUUCUCGGAGAACCUGCAGCCCGAUAUCACGGCCUAUGCGGGGGAGGUGCUGCCGCUGCUGCUGUCCUACAUCGGGGGGGUGGAGCUGGCUCGGGGGGGCCACCUGGCCAAGGCCUACUACGCUCUAGAGAACUUCGUGGAGAGUCUCGGAGCUGGGAUUGAGCCGUUCCUGCCGGUGCUGAUGGAGCAGACGCUGGGGACCCUGCGCGGCCCGGGGGGGCCCCGCCCCAAGGAACUGGCCAUCAGCGCACUGGGGGCCAUCGCCUCGGCCGCCCAGCGCGCCAUGGGGCCGUAUCUGCCCCACGUCCUGGAGCAGCUUCGCCGCUUCCUGCCCCCCGCCGCCCCCAAGGAGCAGCGCCCCCUGCAGUGCCAGGCCGUGGAGACGCUGGGGUUGCUGGUGCGUGCGCUGGGGCGUGAGGCUGUGGGACCCCUGGCGGAGGAGAGCUGCCAGCUGGGCCUGGGCCUGGCCGAGGAGCAGGGUGACCCCGACCUACGGCGCUGCACGUACAGCCUCUUCGCCGCGCUCUCCUCUGUCAUGGGGGACGACCUGGCCCCCCACCUGCCCCAGAUCACCACCCUGCUUCUCUACUCCCUCAAAUCCACCGAGGGCCUCGUGCCCCCUGCUGGAGGCACCAGCUCCUUCCUGCUGUUCGAAGACGAGGAGGAGGAGGCCGAGGUGGAGGGGGAGGAAGAUCUGGACGGGGAGGACGACGAGGAGGAGGAGGAAGAGCUGUUCGGGCUGAGCGUGGAAAGUGCCUACGUGGACGAGAAGGAGGAUGCUUGCACCGCCCUGGGGGAGAUCGCAGCAAACGCCAGUGUCGCCUUCCUGCCCUACCUGGAGAGCUGCAUCCCGGGGGUCUUCCAGCUGCUGGAGUUCCCCCAUCUGGGGGUCCGGAAAGCCGCCUACGAAGCCCUGGGCCAGUUCUGCAUUGCGCUGCACCGGGUCUGUGAGCGGGACCCUUCCGAGCCCCAUGCUGCCGCGCUGCAGCGGCUGCUGGGCGUGGUGCUGCCGGCCAUGGUGCGGGCCGUGCACCGGGAGCGGGAGCGGCUGGUGGCCAUGGCGGUGCUGGAGGUGCUGGGCGCAGUGCUCACCGCCUGCCGGCAGGAGGCGCUACGGAGCCCGGGGCAUCUGGCCGAGCUCUGCGGGGCCCUUCGCGCCGUGCUGGAGAGGAAGACAGCCUGCCAGGACGACGGCUUGGAUGAGGAAGAUGAAGAGGAUGAAGAACAGGCGGAGUACGACGCCAUGCUGCUGGAGUAUGCGGGGGAGGGGAUCCCCGCUCUGGCCACGGCCGCAGGGGGCGACGCCUUCGCCCCGUAUUUUGCCGGCUUCCUGCCCCUGCUGCUCAACAAAAUGAAGCCCAGCUGCUCGGUGGCUGAGCGCUCCUUCGCCGUGGGGACACUGGCGGAGACACUGGGGGGGCUGGGCCGGGCCACGGCCCCUUUUGUGCCCCGGCUCCUUCCCCCCUUCCUGGCGGCCGCCCGGGACUCCGACCCCGAAGUGCGGAGCAAUGGCGUCUUUGCCCUGGGGGUGCUUGCCGAGCACGGCGGGGAGGCCCUGCUCCCACACUACCCUAAGAUCCUGGCCCUGCUGGCCGGGGGCAGCGCCCAGGAGUCGAGCGCCCGCGUCCGGGACAACAUCUGUGGGGCCGUCGCCCGCAUGAUCCUGAGCCAGCCCCAGGCCCUGCCCCUCAGCCAGGUGUUCCCCGCCCUGCUCCGCUCCCUGCCCCUCACGGAGGAUUUUGAGGAGAAUAAAACUGUUUUCCGCUGCAUCAGUUUCCUGUACGAGAACGCCCCCCAGCAGGUGCUGCAGCAGGUGGGGGAGGUGGUGCGGGCCAGUAGCACUGUCCUGGGAACCGACCAUCUCCCGGCAGAUGCCCAGGUCUCCCUUCUCUCCCUGCUGCGGCAUCUCUCCGCCCACUGCCCCACGGAGUUCCAGGCGGCCUUGCUGGCCCUGCCCCCCGACGCCAGCGCCCAGAUCAGUGGGGCCCUCAGCUCAGCGUGAGGGACACAGCCCUUCCUUGGUCAAGUGACCCCGGCGAGUACAGUCAAGCCCCCUCUGCCUGUUCUCCCCCCAAAUGGCCAGCUCUGGGCCCCCUAGAUUGUUCUCAUCAUUGGGGAGGCCCUUCAGGGCAUAUGAUUGAACUGUCUGCCUGUAUCCAACGCCACCGUGGGGAGGACUCUGUGGUCUUGUCUGCUCUGCCUGUCUUCUCACUCGCCAUCACUGAAGAAGGGAUCAGAGGACUGUUUGGUCACCAGUUUCCUGUAACUUUCACCCACUGCCCACGUGGAGGGGUAGCUCCUGUCAUUCACCAGGGCUGCCUGUAGUUCGAUUUCCUCCACCAACGUAAGAAUGAAUUAGAGAUGUGGUGUGAAUGGAUUCUGCCUGUACCUGUCACCAGUGGGAGGAGGACUUCAGUUACGGUGUUCGAUCCUUCUUCUGCCUCUAUGCAGCACUGGUAUGGGAAGAAAUCAAGUCACGUUGUGAUCUGGUUCUGUCGGUGGUUAGCACCAUCGUCAUGGUGUUGAACAGGAUCCUCCCAUGUAUUUCACUGUGGAUUUGAGGGCCAGUCUCACCUGCAAUUGUUGCUGCCCUAAAAAGGGGGGUAUUAGUCUCAUUGUUAUCCAGUUGCCUGUAGUUUUUGGAUCCUGUUGCUUGCCUGUAUUUAUUCUCCCUCUGCUGCUGGGAGUUGCAUCACUAACCGGUUCACCUGUAGUUUUUUCACCUAGCACACUCAUGGGAUGACCAUGUUCAGCUGCUUCACUGUUGCCAAGAGGGAGGAUUUUUUCUGGCUGUUCAACCACCUUGCCUGUUCUUUCACCCACCAUGGCUGCAGGGAGUCUGAAUCCUGUAGUUACCCCGGUUCACCUGUUGGUUUGUCACCCCCAGCCAAAAGAAGAGGGGUUUUCUUUGCUCGGUUUGCCUGUAGCUUUUCAGUAACCAGCAUCUCACAUGGGAGUCUAUCUUGCUGUUACUCAUCCUAUGGAGUUGACUUCCACGUAUGAACCAGUGUGCCUGUUUCAUCCCUCCCCCACUGCAGGGGUGAGCCUCAGUUGCAUUGUCAUCUAGGCCGCCUGUAUUUCUUCACCCGCUAUCUACUGCAGCAUUUCAGCCUUGGCAUUAAUAUGUUGGACUGUAUCUUCCAAUGACAGCGGGAGAAUUGACUCACAGGGUGAGUGGUCCAGCUGUGUCUUCACCUAUCACCACGAGGGUGGUUUUGUCUCAGUGCCAGUCUGCUCUGCCUGUAUGUUUUCACCUUGAGAGAAGUGGUUUCCAUCCUGUUUCUUAAUCAGUUCACCUGUGAUUUUACUUUUCACCUGCCACCGGCCGCGUGUAUUUGUCCGGUUGUUCACUCAGCUGAUGUUCUUCCCCUGCCAGAGCAGCCAGCAUUCUUAGUGCUGGUGGAGUUCUGGGGUGGUUCUAGGUCUGAGCAAUACCCCCUGUUCCUGUAUUUAACACCUCUUUGACGGUUGUUUUUUUUGGAUGAGAGAAAAUCUAUAUUCUAUACCUUGGAAUAAAAUAACGUUUGCCUGAGA